AGAAAGAGAGAAAGAGAAAGAGAGAGAGAGAGGAAGGAAGGAAGGAAGAAAAGGAAAGGAAAUGCAUGGAAAUGGAUUUCUGUAUUUCCAGCAUGCAGAACAGCAAGAGCGAGUUGAGGUAUUCUCAAGAAACUGGCAGAGAGAAAAGAGAGCACCUAGCUGUAAAAAGGGAAAGAAGGAAGGGACGGCUUCCUGGAGGAGGUGGCAUUUGAGCCAGGACUGACAUCAGGAUGGAAAUGUGAGGCAGGAAGUUGGGUAGGGGGAGCAGCUCCAGCCUCCAGAUCCCCAGCUCCUCCCAUGCCUUCUGUUUCUUUGCCUGAGGGACCCUCCCCCGAUGAGAUUCUGCUCCUCUCUGAGGCUUCACAUGAAAUAUUUCCCCCUCCUCCUCCAGCCGCCAGCAGAAGGGGCUGCUCAACCACCCUGAGCAGUGAGUCUCAUUCUUUUCAGCAAAUCCUCUCGCUGCAUGGUGAGAAAACUGAGGCCUGGAGAGGGUCUGUGACCUGCCUGGGACUGCAGAACUCGGUAGUAGGAAAAAUCGUAUUUUUAAAUCCAGCCCUGAGUGAGAAGAUUUGAGGAAAUAGCUAAUAUUGAGGAGGGGGUGCUGUUGGGGGUGGCACCACCCCCAUCUCUCCACCCUCUUCACAGAGAAUUCCGUGUACCAGGAACGGCAGGAAUGCUACCCGUUCAGUGGGACUCAGCGCUUUGUGGACGGGCUCAACUACAACCGGGAGGAAUACGUGCAUUUUCACAGCGCAGUGGGGGAGUUCCUAGCAGUGAUGGAGUUGGGGCGGCCCACGGGCGAGUACUUGAACAGCCAGAAGGACUUUACGGAACGGAAGCGAGCCGAGGUGGACAAGGUGUGCAGACACAAGUACGAGCUGAUGGAGCCACUCAUCCGGCAGCGCGGAGGUGAGGGCUGUGGACCAGGGCUCCUGGGACAGCCGUGGGGGCCGGGCCCAGGGAGUAAGGGCAGCCGGGCCGGCCUAAGGGACCUUAGUGCCAGGAGAGAAGGGGACUUUGGGCUGGGAAUUGAUGGGAGGGGCCCAACCGGAGUUUGUCAGGAGGGUGAGCACGGAGACUGGGCUGAGCAUGGAGUGAGGAUGGAGGGAGAGAGAUCUCCGGGACUUCAGAAGGCCUGGCAGCUGACUGCAUCUGGGGUGAGGGGAAAGGUCACAGGGCAGCGUGCAGGGGUGUGGUGUGGAGAUGGAGGUGGAGAUGGCACAGCAGGCCACGCAGAGAAGAAACCUGCAGGGAGACCCCUGGGUUUGAGAUGCUUGAGGGGGCAGAUGGCUGGUCUGAUGCGCAGGUAGAGAGAAGAGUUUGCAGCCGCGGAGGGGCUACAUGAGACCACCCAGGGAGAGGGGACCCAGCGGGAGGAGCAUAGGACUGGGAACUGGACAUUGUGAUUUUGAAACGGCUCCAUUGUCUGAGGUAUAUACCCUGGUUUUUUGUCAUGGCAGAGAAAAUUCACGACACAGACACACAUGAGGUGUGCGUUUGGGAGUGGAAAGUUUAAUAGAAAAGAGAGAAAAUCCUUCCUCAUGCUGAGAAAGCGGGUUGCUCAAAAGAGGGUCUGCGGUUUGUGGUGGAAUGCAAUCGGUUUUGUACAGAGGCUUGAGGAAGCGGUGAUUGAUUUACAAAGGGCUCAGAGGAUUGGUUUGACCAGUUGUGUCACUUACACAGCCCACGAAAAGACUGACUCUCCCACCCUAGUCUUUUAUUAUUCAAAUGCGGCCUCCAACUGCUGGUGGACAUGAUACCUGUACAUGUGGUUUUACCUGGAGGCUGCCAUGACACCUGUAAACGUGGUGACAAGGAAAAGCGAGCGGGAACCGCCAUAUUGGAUGUACCUGACUUCCAGGUACAGCUGCCAGCAUUUACAUGUAAAAGCUUCAAGUUUGCAUAUCUAUGCCUGAGUUUUCAGGCUGCUUUCUGUUAGAGAAGAAAUGGUUUGGGGCUGCUUUUUAUUAAAUGAAAAUUCCAUUGGGAGCUUUUACCCUUUCUAGCUGCCUAAAAAUAAUGUCUUAAUAACUCCUGUAUCAUUUCCUCCCUCAGGAGACGUAACCAUAACUGCUGUUAGGGUGUAUUAGAUGACGAUUCUUUCUGGCUGCCUCCUGCUGAAAAGGGGCGUCGUGUUGGAGGGCUGCAGUUGGGGCUUCUCCUGAGGUUGAUCUAAGGCUUGGAAGAAUGACAUGUCCGUGUGUGGCUUUGUCUGCAGCACCAUUUGAAGUUUGAUUGCUUCUAGGCGAAAAGAGAUAAAUUUUACAAGAAGGUUUAAAAUAUAGGGUUACCAUAUGAGUAUUAAGAUUACCACUAUUAGUAGGGGUCCUACAGACCAUAACUAUGACAGUAGAGUUUGAUACCUGUUAGUUACACCAAUAGAUUGUAAUACUGGUUUGUCUCCACUAGAUGUCGCUGUACAUCACCAGAAAGGUUAUAAAAGUAACAUUUCCUUUG